UUCCUUGUGAUUCAGACAUCAUCUUUUCUCUUUAAUUCAUCUGUGUAUUUUGUUUUUUUGACCAAAGGUGUCAGUAAUGUGACACUUGACAUACAUUGCUGCUCUUCACUUGAAGAUUUCUGUGUGUCAGAGAUUCAGAUUAAAUUUUAAAGAUGCUUCAUAUUAAAUGUGAAAGAAUAUCAUUGAAGUAUAUACACAAUUUUUAUUUUGCCUUAUCCUAAGUGUAUGUAUAACCAUCAGUGUUUUCUCUUCUCCAUUUUAAGUUGGUCUUUGAAGAAUGAAUAAUAUUUGAAACUGCCACUGCAAAGAAGAUUAAAAGUUUCUGUGCCUUCCCUGAGAUUUUCCCUGUUAACAUUAAAACAAACAAACAAACAAACACAAAAACAAUGUGUGUAUUUAAUUAAUUUUAUUUUAAUAUCACCUUGUAUUUUCAACUUUCAAAAAAUUUCAUCUUGCAUUAAGGUACUGUUCUUGACACUGUUUUUUAGCCUGAUGGUUCUGAUCCAUGUCCUCAGCUUUAACACUAGUUCAAAUGUAUUUUGUUCAGAAAACUGGAAGUCCUGUUCCCUUGUUAAUAUCUUACUGUAGUAGUUUGUGCCAAGAUUUCCCCGUCUGUUAAAUGGGUAUUAACCUCUUACCAGAAAGCUCUUUUGAAGUUUAUAUAAUACUGCUCUUUCUAUAUAGGAAGAAUCAGAUGUCUUUAUUACCCAUUUAUUAUUUUGUCUUUGAACAGGGAGAUAAAUGUAUUUUUCUGGCCUAAGCACAAGUUCAGUGUGAACUUGCCCUGGGAGUCUCUGGACUGGGGCUUAACUCUUCACUACUGUACGAAGUAGUGCUGUUGUGUUAUCCCCAAGGCCUGGAGUAUUCUUAUCCAGGGUUUUGGUUUAGACCCAUCUUCAGUCUCUAUGAUUCCUAAGGAACUACAAUAAAAAUAUUUUUAUUCUUUUUGUUCUCUGGUAGCCUCCAGAAAAGGAAUGAAACCUUGCUACUAAAGCGAGCACCAGAAGUCAUUGUUUAAUUUUGAUUUUUUUUUUUUUUUUUUUUUUUCUGGUCGUUUACAAAUCUGGGUGUAAUGCAGAGACGUUAUUCUAGUCUAAACUCGGGGCAUUCCUCGGAGAAAACAGGUCACGUGCCCUGAUUAGACUUCUCCCUUCUCUGCCAGUGCCCGGAGACUAUCAGCGUGCUGGGAAGAGGCAUUUCCCAGGAGAGUGUUACCCUGGCAUGCUAGCUCGCUGCCUUCUCUCACCAUGGAAGACUAUCAGCAUCAGCUGCUGACAGUUAUUGGGGGACUGAUCUGUUUCUGUGCUCUGGUAAAAUGCAUCAGAUUUAUGAAAUACGUUUUCCCACAUACCUGGAGUGCUUUGCCUCAGGCUUUCUUUCAGUCGCUGGGAGAAUGGGCAGUGGUCACAGGAGCAGGAGAUGGGCUUGGAAAAGCAUAUUCAUUUGAGCUGGCAAAACGUGGGUUAAAUGUAGUUAUGAUAAGCAGAACUCUUGAAAAACUGAAGAGAGUAGCCACUGAAAUCGAGCAGGCCACAGGUCAAAAGGUGAAGGUUAUACAAGCUGAUUUCACUAAAAAUUCAGUAUAUGAGAACAUUGAAAAAGGUCUGCAAGGCUUGGAAAUUGGUGUUUUGGUUAACAAUGUUGGAAUGCUUCAUAAUCCUCUCCCGUGCCGUUUCCUUAAUGCACCAGACGUAGACGAGAACCUUGUCAACUGCAACAUUAUUUCUGCUACAAAGAUGACACAAAUAAUUCUGAAACAAAUGGAACCAAGACAGAAGGGUCUUAUUCUGAAUCUGUCCUCUGGUCUGGGUACUUUUCCCUGUCCAUUAUACACAAUGUACUCAGCUUCUAAGGCUUUUAUAUGCACUUUCUCCAAAGCCCUACAAGCAGAGUACAGGGCAAAGGGAAUUAUCAUACAGGUAGUGGCUCCUUAUGGUGUUUCUACUCCAAUGACUAUGCACCAAAAACCUGGUCUUAUUACAAAGACGGCAGAAGAGUUUGUUAGUGAAUCACUGGAUUAUGUUACUUUUGGAGAUGAGAUUUUUGGAUGUUUAGCCCAUGAAAUACUGGCCUGUGUCCUGCGGCUCGUUCCUUUAUGGGUAUUCCACAGUGACAGGCUUCAAGAAGCAGUCCUGCAUCUGUUCACCACUUAUCUGAAGAAAAGGUGGAGGAAGCCCUGACGUCAUUUUCUUUCUUCCUUUUUUUUUUUUUUUUUUUUUUUUUUUUGGAAGAUGUGCAAUGGGAAACCCCAGCAGGAUACAUUGCUGUGGUUCUGUGUGUGAAUGCCGAAGAAAUCAAAUCAGUUGGAGGCAUAACACCACCCAAAUCACCAAUCUAGUGAUCAGUGACUUGAUCCAAUGAAUCUAUUAAGCAAAAUAAUUACUGUCCCUUUCCAGCAAUUUCUGGGCUUUAGAUAGGUUCUAAGAAAUGCUGCAGCUGCUACUAUUUUGAUAUAAGUUGGAGGCCACAGAUAUUUAUGCUUAUUUGUUGUUCACAAAUAAAACAAUAAUUUGCUUUAUUCCCAAAUUAGUUCAGAGUGUGUUUUCAUGUUUUCAGAGCGUGUGAUGUGCCUUUGGUUUCUUCUGAAAAACCAAGGAAAAUUUCAGGACAGAGGGAAAAAAAAAGGAGAAGCUUUCAGGAUAGAAAUACU